AUGAUAAAUUAAAUAAAGAUUAGGAAUAACAAAAAAUAUAAGAAAAGUGCUAAUUAUUAGAUGUAUAUAAAUAAAAUUGCAAAAAUUAUAAAAAAUUAAUUCGUGGAUAAAAACAGUUGUUACAUAUUGAUUAGUUCUUAGAUAUGUAUAAUAGUUAAUUUGAUAAAAAAGUAAUGAUAUGUUUUUAUUUCUCAAGUUAUAUUUUUGAAGUAAUAAAGAAAAGUUGA